AGCAGAACUCAGAAAACUGAUUUGAAUAAACCAAAAACCACAUUUUUAUUAGGAUCCAUUUCUCUAUUUACAUUUGCUACAAAGCUUAUAUGUUUUUUCUAGUGAUGGUAAUACAACUGAAUUGCAUCCAGAGAAUACUAAUGACGAGACUUUGCUUUUAAAUUAUAGCACUAUAAAGUGGCCUUGGAAAUACACUGACAGGUGCAAUUAGCUCAAAAAUUAGUUAGCUCAAUUUUGUAACUAGUUUCUUUAAAAGCAGGGUAAUCCCACCUAGUUGCCAGAAACGGGGAAGGGACAGAGCUAAAAGGCUGCUUUGAAGGAAAAAAAAGAUGCCCAACAUAAGGCCAUUCUGCAUGUCUAGCAGGCACAACUGGCACUUCCGAAUCCUACACAGUAGAACUGGAGAACCCCGUAAUUAAUCAGGAUAAGGAGACCCGUUUCCCUCCCUUGAUCCACGCCUAUUCAUUCGCAAGCAAUGAACUCGCGCUGAAGGCAAAAGGCAGUCUUCUCACCUAGCAACGGCAGGACUUGAGCUCCCGCUCAGUCCGAUCCAAGGGAACGUUGCGGAGCCGCCCAAUAGGAAGGACGACUUAAAGCGCGUGCGAGACAGCUGAGAAAAAAAAAAGGGGGGGGAGGCGGAGAGGUACGGGGAAGUAGGAUGCCGUUAAAGCGCCGCCGAUCUUCAAUCAGGUAAGGGAGAAGUUUGAAGGACUGUUGUAACAGCGAAUGGGAGCCCAGGGAUGACCGGUCGGGGAGGCGGAGUUUUCUGGACGCUCCUCCCUCUCCUUUUCCAAGCUUGCGGGUCAAUCAGGUGGCUUAGGAUGUGCGGUCGGCGGCCCUGGCUGAGCGCGAUGUGGCUGUGGAGGGGCUGCUGGGCGGCGUCUCUUCUCCACGGAGGGCUGUGGCGCGGCUCCGGCCUCGGCGUUCCCUCAAGGGUUGAUCGGGAGCCGGCAGCCGCAUGAGCAAUAGGCAGCUUUCCCCGCGGGCAGCCCUGCCCCCUAAUGGAGGAGCCGUUCCGUCUUCCUCCUCUCCUCCCGCGCAGCCCCCUUCAGCCCCCGCUGCCGGGGGAGGCUGAAGGGGAGGCGGCGGCGGCGGCGGCCAGCCCCGCUUGGGGGAAGGCGGAAGCAGCAGCCUCGGGCGACAGCGCUGACGGGGCCGGCCUCUGGACGGCGGUCUUCGAGUACGAGGCGUGCGGCGAGGACGAGCUGAGCCUGCGUCCCGGCGACGUAGUACAGGUGCUCUCGAGGGACUCGCAGGUCUCUGGCGACGAAGGCUGGUGGACGGGCCAGAUUGACCAGCGCGUCGGCAUCUUCCCCAGCAACUAUGUGACCAGCAGCGCGGGCAGCAGCAGCGGCCGCCGCCUCUGCCUCCAGGAAGGGAGGAGAUCGGAUCUCCAGGCCUCGUACCCUGCUAGUCCGGCCAUCCAGUUGCUGGAGAUUGACUUCUCAGAGCUUAUUCUGGAGGAAAUUAUUGGCAUAGGAGGUUUUGGGAAAGUUUACCGUGCAAUUUGGUUUGGAAAGGAAGUUGCUGUCAAGGCAGCUCGCUAUGAUCCAGAUGAAGACAUCAGUGAAGCCAUUGAGAAUGUCCAUCAAGAAGCCAAGCUCUUUGCUAUGCUAAAACAUCCCAACAUAAUUGCCCUUAAAGGUGUAUGUUUAAAGGAACCAAACCUUUGCCUGAUAAUGGAGUUUGCCCGUGGAGGCUCAUUAAAUAGAGUGCUUUCUGGUAAAAGGAUUCCACCAGACAUUCUGGUGAACUGGGCUGUCCAGAUUGCUGAAGGAAUGAACUAUCUCCAUGAGGAAGCAAUUGUUCCUAUUAUCCACCGGGAUCUGAAGUCCAGCAAUAUAUUGAUCCUUGAAAAAGUAGAACAUGGAGACCUGAGCAACAAAAAUUUGAAGAUCACUGAUUUUGGCUUGGCCAGAGAAUGGCAUAAGACUACUAAAAUGAGUGCAGCUGGAACAUAUGCUUGGAUGGCUCCUGAAGUUAUCCGUUCCUCUAUGUUCUCUAAAGGCAGUGAUGUGUGGAGUUUUGGGGUAUUGCUUUGGGAACUAUUAACUGGGGAAGUACCAUUUCGAGGAAUUGAUGGCCUAGCAGUAGCAUACGGUGUUGCUAUGAAUAAACUUUCCCUUCCUAUUCCUUCAACAUGCCCAGAACCUUUUGCCAGACUGAUGGAAGAUUGUUGGAAUACCGAUCUUCAUUCAAGACCAUCUUUUGCAAAUAUUUUGAAUAAACUAACUAAUAUAGAAGAGUCUGGUUUCUUUGAAAUGCCAAAAGAAUCAUUUCAUUCCCUGCAAGAAGAUUGGAAAAUUGAGAUCCAGGAAAUGUUUGACCAACUCAGAGCCAAGGAAAAGGAGCUGCGGACAUGGGAAGAAGAGUUAAAACAAGCAGCAGUUCAACAGAAAAACUACGAAGAACUACUACGGCAACGCGAGCAGGAGUUGGCAGAGCGAGAAAUUGGUAUUUUGGAAAGAGAGCUCAAUAUAAUCAUCCACCAGCUGUGCCAGGAAAAGCCCCGUGUAAGAAAACGCAUGGGCAAAUUCAGGAAAAAUCGGCUCAAGUUGAAAGAUGGCAAUCACAUCAGUCUUCCCUCUGAUUUCCAGCACAAAUUCACUGUGCAGGCAUCUCCAACCAUGGAUAAAAGAAAAAACUUGAUCAACAACUGUGCCAGUCCUCCUGCCAGCCCUACUAUCAUUCCUAGGCUCAGGGCCAUCCAGUUAACCCCUGGUGAAAGCAGCAAAACCUGGGGACGCAGCUCUGUGUUCCAGAAGGAUGAGGAAGGAGGAGAAGAAGAAAAAAGAAGCCAAAAGAAAAAGGGUCGGACAUGGGGGCCAGGUACUUUUUGCAGUAAGGAGCUAACAUCAAGUGAGGAUGGCCUAAAGUCCCUGGCAGAUGGCGCUAGACAGUGGUCAUCUAGUGCUCCAAACCUUGGAAAAUUCCAGCGAACAAUAGUCCCUUUUCCCGGAUUUGCAAGUCUAAUAGAGAUGGACAAUGAAGACAAUGAUUCUUUGAAUGAUACAGGGAGCAAGAUGCAGCAAUCCCCUGGAUUUAACCAAUCAUACCUCUGCAUCCCAUUUCAGAAGAAUGAUGACUGGGAUAACCAGUCUAGUGAUCCUAAUGAAGAGACUACUCCAGUGAACUCUUCCACAAGCACUCCUCAGGUCACUCCCACCAACAGUCUCAAACGUGGGGGCUCCCAGUAUAAACAAUGUCAAUUGGCCUUUCUAGGCUGUGGGGCUGUGUUGGCUGCUGCUGGCCUUGGUUUUGAUCUUUUGGAAGCUGGCAAGUGCCAGCUGCUAACCCAGGAAGAUCAGGAUAUGUCCAAGGAAGAAAAAAAGAAACGUGAAAAUAUCUUCCAACGGGCUGGUCUGUCUCGGAGGAGUACAAGCCCACCUUCAAGGAAGAUCUUCAGGAAAGAGGAACCCACAUUCUUGUUAGGCGAACCAUCCAGUUCUCUGACUCUACUCUCUUUGUCUUCAAUUUCUGAAUGUAACUCCACCCGUUCUUUACUUCAUUCAGACAGUGAUGAAAUUGUGGUAUAUGAGAUGCCUGUUAGUCCUGUGACAGUGAAGGCUCCCUUGCCAGUAGUUAGUAACCCACUAGUUAAUAUCCAAGUUGAGAGAUUCAAACGGAAUCCCAACCAGUCUUUGACACCCACACAUGUGACUCUUUCCUCUGAAGCUCAGCAGCAGAAGCAUAGGCGCACUCCCUCUGAUGGUGCCAUAAAACUGGCUGAUCUCGUUCCUAAUGGAGAUUCUUCCAGUAAUUCUCCAUCGGGAGUGCUGGGAACAGGUAUAAUAAAAGCACCCAGUCCAAGUCAGGGUCCAAAUGAAGUCCCUCGACUUCCAGAUCCCAACCUCAUCUUCCCUCCAACCCCCAGGCGUUAUAGUGCUCAACAGGAUUCCUUGUUGGAGAGACCCAAGACCUUGGAAUUCCUACCUAGGCCACGCCCUUCAGCUAACAGGCAGCGAGUUGAUCCCUGGUGGUUUGCAUCCCCAAGUAAGGUUAGGGGUGAAUCCUCUGCUAAUAGCUCCAGUACUGAAACUCCUAGUAACAUGGACUCCUGCUUUGCCAGCAGUAGCAGCACAGUUGAAGAGCAGUCCGCGCUGCUUUCUUUUCAUGUAAGACUGCCUGAAGAGGAACGGACACUGCUGGACAUGGAUGUUGAAGGUCAGAAUCAGGACAGCACAGUGCCGCUUUGCAGAACAGAACUCAGAACACAUAAAUCUACAGCAUAUGAACUCAAGCAAGAAUUUUGGUCCUAGCAUGAAAUCCACAAGGGGCUGUUAUAAGCAUUGGCCAGCCAAGGAUAGACAAUUCCUAAGCUGCUAAUGGUGGUUUGAACUUUGCUCUCAUCGUAAUCAUGUUUGGUCUUAUCACAAUUCCAUUUUUUAAACAAAUGGAAGUCAUUUGGUAUGGCUUUAAUGAAGAAGGUGCAAUGGAACAAUUGGAACUUUGGGUAAUCAGGACUGUGAAAAAUCAUUUUGUGGGACAUUUCAUGAAGUGACUGAAGCACCCUCCAGAUUCACUAUUCAAAAUGUCUAGGUAGGUGUUGCAACUUGUUGAAGUCUCAGUGCAGCCAUUUUGAAAAACUCCCUCAGUUAUCUGAACAUGCAUGAGGGCCUGUUCCUGAAGCAAACCGAAUAGUUAAUAAACCCUUAGAAUCUCCAAACUCUAACUGCAUGAUUAACAUUAUAAUGCACAUUGCAAAAAUUGUCUCUAGGAACAGCAGACUUACCAAAUAGUAGUUAUUUCCAAAUUUUAUGUUUGUUAUUUUAUGUACUGAUUUAUUUGAAUUUCACUUUUCCCCCAAAAACCUCAGGGCAAUGUACGUUGUCCUCUCCCAUUCCAUCUCCCAUAUCUUUGCAAUAAUGUGAUUUAUUAAAGAUCUCUCAGUGAGAUUAAUAUAUCUAAAUUAGAUUUAAAAUUUGGGUAACCCCAGUUCAAGUUCAUCUUUCAAAUACUAUGCCAUGAGGUUUCCUGCCUGAGCAGGGGGUUGGAUUAAAUGACUUCCAAGGUCCUUUCCAACUUUAUUAUUAUCAAAAUAUUAAUGAGCAGAGAAAGAUUCUAGGAAAGAAGAAGUCAGUUUCUCAUAUGCUUUAUCCUUACCUACAGUAUAUAUAAAACCACUGGAUUUCAAUGUAACCUGACAGGCAACCUAUCUAUAAGGAGAUUGCAUUGUUAAAGGUGAAGUACUUUUUAAAACCUUAUUUCUAAUUCCCAUACUUAUCUCCAACCGAUAUCUCACAGGAAAUCCUGUACCAUAAGCUUUUCAGCACUUCAACACAAUAUUAACACACACACACACACAAAUACAUACAUAGACAUAGACAUACAUACACACAUCUAUAUAUAAUGCAUAUCCCCAACUCCACUAUGUAUUGCACUUUGCUAGGGGAAAAUUCCAAAAUUAUUUGUGUAGCUUCUGUUUGUGAAUAUGCAAAUUAUUAAUGCCUAUUUUUUCAUGUCAGGAAAAAAAUGGACUUGUUAUCAAGCUCUCUGAGGAAAAUGCUGUAUGUUGGCUAGAGAGAACUUUUCACAUAUACAUCCUUCUUUACAAAACCUGGAAUUUGUGGCAUCGUAAGCUAACGAAACUCUGGCUUGUCACAAUAUCUUAAAGCUGGUAUUUUGCAUCAUGAUUGGGCACAUAAGCUAUCCAUGUUUUCCAAAAGAAUCUUUCAUAUUAUUCCGUAUCUAUGAGCAAACUAUUUUUUUUUUCUGUGAGGAUAGAGCGUGGUCAUCUUAUAAAAGAGCAGAAAUUUAGCACACUGUAACGUAAGUAUAAGCAUUAUUUAAAUGUUUGUAUGCUCUCCAAAUCUGAGAUUAAAUGUCUUUAAUGGAUAUACUUUGAUUGUUUAUUGGUGCCGUCAACACGCGCACGCACACAUGCCCACAUGCACAAAUUUGGUAGGCAAAGUUUUGAAGAUUGUUGUGCACAGUUGCAGACUCUAUAUAUUGAUUGUGAUUUGAUACCUUCAAGAAUAAUUAUAAAUAAGUGAUCUGUUUCUUCUUUUAUAUCUUGCCACAUCUAAUUAUAUGUAAUGUGUGUAUGGGGGGGAACAAGGAUGCUUAUCAAAUUGACUCCUUUCAAUCUGUAUCUGCUGAAAUUUAGAAGUGUAGAUGGGCCAAAAUCUACCUGCUGUAGUCAUUAUUGGCCUUCUAUGAAUCUUUUUUUCUCUCUUAAUUGAUUGGAUGUGAUUAGGUCUUAUUGAAAGAUUGCUCAUGUGGAAUAAUUGUACACGCGUGAUGUAUUUCACAGGUUAGGUCCUGUGGUCUUGCAUGCCCUGGUUUGGAAUGCUGCCAUUUUAGGUUGAUGUUAGUUUAGGUACACAUAUCAAGUAUUUUGCGUGGCAAUGUAUAGAGGAGGUUGGAUUCUUGGUUUCUUCUCAUUCAGUCUGGCAUGAUAAAAUCCAUUGGGGUUUCUGUCCCAAUAUGAUGUUUGUUAAAAUCUUGCUAUAAAGGCAGUAGUACAGGAAGGUCUGUUUUUGUCCCAAGUUCAUGUUACAAGUUUUGGUAUGCUAAACACUCUGUGUUCUUCAUUUUGUGAUAGUGGUUAAGUGAUGUGGAAGUUUGCCUUUUUGUUUGUACUCAAGCAACAAGUUAGGAAAAGAGUUGGUGAGUAAUUUUAUUUUUUAAAAAAUGUUACAGCCCGUCACCUUUGGAGUUUAAAAAUAUUGACAGCAGUGACUGGUUUGUUUUACUAUUGUGGAUAAAUCAACAAGUUACAUUUGUGUAAUUUAUUGUAUUUUGGGUUUUGUCAAUGUAUUAUGUAUAUAUCUUUAUUGUGUUUUAAUUUAUUUUAUGCCAGCGAACAAAAUGUAAAUUGAAUAAGCUGAUUUCCUUUUCUCUUUUUUCCCCUGAAUGUAUUAGGGGGGAAAGGUAAACCAAGGAUGCCAAGCAGGCUUGGUUCAAUGGCUAAGACUACCAUUGUAUUACAGUGUAAUGCUAUUCUAGGCCUUGUCUCAACAUUAGAGCAUACUUACUUGAAUAAAAAUGGUUAAACAUUAA